AUGGCAAAGAGGACGAAGAAGGUCGGCGUCGUGGGGAAGUACGGCACGCGCUACGGUGCGUCCCUUAGGAAAGUUGUUAAGAAAAUUGAGCUUCAGCAGCACGCCAAAUAUACGUGCCCCUUCUGCGGCAAGAUGGGCGUGAGGAGGCAAGCUGUGGGGAUUUGGCAUUGCCGCGGCUGUUCGAAGACGAUGACUGGUGGCGCCUGGACCCUGCAGACGGCGGCUGCUGCCACUGUUCGCUCCACUGUGGUACGCCUCAGGAAGCAGAUGGGAGAGUCGAAGUGA